GAUGCCAGGAAAGCGACGCCGAGUUGAGUUGUUUACUUCGCGCACAUGCAGAGCGUCUUCAGGAGGGAAAUUUACUUCUGCUUACAAGAUUCGCAGCUGGUUUACCUAACAGAUAUUGUGUUACUAAUCUAACAUUAAUAUCAGACGUAUUCGUGAUAAUGGGUGAUAAAAGAAAGAAGCAAAAUGGAGAAGUUCCAGAGGAUCGUGGCAAGGACGAGGAUGUUGGUGCCGAGGGCGAUGAGACGACUGACGAUGAGGGAGGUGUGGACACUCCUCCCCCACAACAACCUGAAGAAGAAGAAGACGACCAACCUGACGGAGAGGGCAAUUAUGAGGUUGAUCAAAUAGUUGAUAUGGAGUGCAAGAAACGUUGGAAGUGCCCUGUUAAAUUUCGAGUGAGAUGGCUUGGUUAUGGAGAAAAGGACGACACCUGGCUACCGGCUUCAGAGCUCAGUUGUGAUGACCUUAUUAAUGAAUUCCUAGAAAUUUCUGGAAGAACGUCAGAAUUUAAGAGGAAGUGAUUCCUGCUGGGACAAGAUCUCGCAAAGUGAAGACUAAAGCUGAGAAAAAGGUAGUGAGACCUCCUCCUAAAAAAAAGACUAGGAUUACACCUGCAAAAGGAAAAACUCAUGGAGCUAGGCUAAAGGAUGAGCCGCAAGAAUAUGAGGUGGAGGCAGUGGUUGAUCAUCGUGUGCGUGGACGCUUCACAGAGUACAAAGUUAGGUGGAAGGGUUUUGGACCGAUGGAUGACUCUUGGCUACCUGAAGCAGAACUCAAGUGUGACAACCUCCUCAACAAAUACUUCAAGACUGCUGGUCGUAACUUAGAAGAGUCGUAUGAGGUAGAGGCCAUUAUGGGACUCAGAGAAGUGAAAGGUCGCACAGAGUACAAAGUUCGGUGGAAAGGUUGGGGUUCCAAGUACGACUCAUGGCUUGCGGAAGAUGAACUGAAUUGUCCUGACAUUCUGAAGCGUUUUAAUGCAACACUCGACAAAUUGGAAAAACAGGAGGAUUGGCAGGUGGAAAAAAUUUUGGAAGAACGUGAAAAGAAGGGAAAAAUUGAGUACUUGAUUCAGUGGAAAGAUUGGGGACCCAAAUAUAACACCUGGGAGCCUCAGGAAAACCUUGCAGGAUGCCAAGAUAUUAUGAAACGCUUCAAGGAUCAACAGACAAAGGAGAAGGAAAAAAUGCUGAAGGGAGGACGCAAGAUGCGGGAAGAUAGACCAACAACGCAGAGAUAUGUUGACAAUUACUCAGAAGGAUCUCGUUCUCGCUCACGCCGAUCUGGAAAAAAUCGCUCUUAUUCAGAAUUCUAUGAUCAGUGAUUUUUAUUAUGGUUGGUCUGUUUCAUAUUGGUUGAGACUAAGUGAAAUUGAAAAAUGUAGAAAUGAGUAGUUGUAGAUUUAACUGCAUUAAUAUUAAGGAUAUCAGAUUGUCUUUAAACUAAGAUAAUGUUUCAUUUGAAGGAAAUUCCUGACAUUUUAUAGCUAAAUUAAAUUAAAGAGAAACCUGCAACCGGAAGUAAAUUUUUGCUUUCAAGAUAAUUGCAUAAGAAGUUGGUUGAUUUUUUCUGUGUACAUGCAGACACAAAUAUAAUGUUACAGUACAUGCUUGUACACACACACACUAUUAUACUUACUCCCAAUACAAGCACCUAUACACUUACCCUAUAUACCCUCAUAUCUAUAUUCAUACAUACCCAUACACCCUCACAUGUAUGUGUAAACAUGAAAAUAUAUACAUAUUUGCCUGUAUGAUGUUUAUGUUUAAAGGGAGUACACAAUAUAUUUGACUUCAUUUGCAGUGAGUAGGUUGCAAAUAAAGUUGUAUGGUAAAUGUUAUGCAUCUAUCUGAUAGCUUUUGUACUGCUUUGAAAGCUGGGCACCAAGGGCAGGAUUUUUAACACAAACAACAUGUACCGGUACACAUUUUUUAUCGUGUGCUCUAUCUCCCUCUUCCUUUUGUGUGUGUGUGUGUGAGAGUGCGUGCGUGCGUGCAUGCGACACAAAAAAGAAUUCUCCUGAAAGAUAAGUUGUACUUUUACUUAUUUUACCUUAGAAAAUAGUUUACCUAUUGUUUAAAUGGAUUUCAUCAGUCUACACAGUCAUGUCAGUUUUCUUUCUGAAGUAGAACUUACAAAACAUUUUGAAUAUCUUUAUAAAAAAAAGAUUUCUUACUUUAGCCUAACUGUAAGGAGGUGCCUAUUUAUAAAAUCUAUACCACAUCUUCUAAUGAUAUUACUGUAGUGGGGGAUAUAAAUGACACUUGUUUUAUAUUAUGAGAGUUUUAUGAAUAUACAGUACAUGUUAACAAAUUAUUGUAGUCUGAACUUAAUGAACCUCAUUUAAUUCUACUCACUGAAUAAUAAUGACUAGGGUGUGGUAUUAGCAUACAACAGUUACUAGGAUAGAAUUUUAUGAAUAUACAGUACAUGUUAACAAAUUAUUGUAGUCUGAA